AUGGGAAAUCACACCAGCUAUGAAGAAUUCAUCCUCUUGGGCUUUCUGAUUGGGCGAAAAGCAGAGAAAUUUUUGGCAAUUAUACUGAUGGUAAUGUAUACAUCAACAAUAUUUGGUAACUCGACUAUUCUGUUCAUUAUCAUUACCAACAGUUGUCUCCCUACACCAAUGUAUUUCUUCCUCAGCAACCUCUCUAUCCUAGACCUUUUUUUUUCAACUGUAACUGCUCCCAGUUUGUUGAAGAAUUUAAUCUCUGGAGUCAGAACCAUCUCCUUUGCUAGCUGCAUGGCCCAAUCCUAUUUCUAUUUCUUCCUGGGCAAAGCGGAAUACUUCCUCUUGACAUGUAUGUCCUAUGACCGCUAUGUGGCCAUCUGCAACCCAUUACAUUAUCUGGUGAUCAUGAAUGAUUGUUUUUGCAUUCAAAUGGUGGUGGCUUGUUGGUUGGUUGGCUUUGCCUUUGUCCUCUAUCCAACCACCAUGGUCACCAGGUUCUCCUAUUUCCACUCCAAUGUCAUUGAUCAUUUCUUCUGUGACACUGAACCUCUACUGAAGUUAUCUUGUACAGAUACUAGCUCAAUACAAAUUAUCCUCUUUCUGUUAUCAUCCAUUGCCAUUCUUUGUUUUUUGAACCUGACACUGGUCUCUUAUAUUUACAUUGUUUCUAUUAUUUUGGUUAUACCCACUGACUGUGGGAGAAAGAAGGCCUUCAACACAUGUGCGUCACAUUUCACUUUGUUCUUGAUGGCUUCAAGUGUCUCCAUGUUACUGUACAUUGUACUGUACAUUGUCCCAUUUAAGCCAUCAACUUCGUGGGUUCGGAAAAUUCCGGCAUUCCUCAGCAGCAUAAUUAACCCAUUCCUGAGACAUUUUGUGUACACCCUGAGGAACGAUCUGGUGAAGACAAUUCUUCAAAAGCUCUUUGAUCGGACUCAAACCAUGGUUCAGAAGGCAGGGAAAUUCUUCAUAAUUGUGGUCAGAUGCACCAUCUGCGCUUUAGAAAAUUUCCUGCCCAUACUCACCUGA